CGGAAACAGAACUCGCUGGAUUACAAUCGCACCUCGUCCACAAAAACUAGGGCCGCAAGAUGCAGGCACUGGCAAUUAUUCUUGUGGUGUCCUGCCUUGGUGUCUUGGCUGACGCCUCUGAAGGAGAGAACAACCUGACAGCCAAACUGUACAAGGACUACAACCUGAAGGUGCGCCCAGCGAAGGAGACGGGGGACAGGGUGAGGGUGAGGGUGGGCAUGACCCUGGCCUCGCUCGUCAGUGUGACUGAGAAGAAUGAAGAGGUGACCACCAAUGUGUUCAUGGAUCUGGCCUGGACAGAUUACCGGUUGAGUUGGAACCCAGCGGAACACGACAACAUCCAGGUACUGAGAAUUCCUUCAGCGAGGGUGUGGCGUCCGGAUAUCUACCUCAUUAACAA